AUGUCACGGAACGUUCCGAUCUCUGAUGCCGGCGUCGAAACAGACUGCCUGAUCGUCGGGGCUGGUCCAGCUGGGGCAUCUCUGGCCUGCUUCCUCGUGAAUUACGGGGUGAAAGUGAUGCUCAUAUCCGAGGCCCCAGGGACAACCGCCACGCCCCGAGCGCAUCUGCUGAACAUGGCGGGUCUUGAAUGCAUGCGUGAUCUUGACCUGGAGGACGAGUGUCUCCGGCUUGGAAACCGCGGAGACUGCCUCAAUUCCAUCCGUUGGUGCUAUUCCAUGAGUGGUGUUGAGUAUGGACGCAUUCACGCGUGGGGUGCUGGGCCGGCGAAAUCGGGAGAAGUCGCAGACUUGAGUCCCUGUGCGUCUUUGGAUCUCCCUCAGUCGUCGCUCGAGCCAAUUCUCAUCCGCUACGCGACUACCCACGGGGUGAUAUGUCUCUUCAACACCAGCUUUCAAGACCUCGAGCAAGACUCAGGGGGCUGCCUGACGAGUGUCAUCAACAAGGCGACCGGCCAGAAGUUCAAAAUCCGUUCACGAUAUCUCUUUGGCUGUGAUGGUGCCCGGAGCCCUGUGGCGGCCAAGAUUGACCUCUCCUACAAUGUCCAGCCUUCCGGAGGGGUGGCGUACAACAUCCUCUUCAAUGCUGAUUUGGCCGACAUCAUGCGACAUCAGACAGGCCACCUGCAUUGGAUCAUGCAGCCGGACACGGGCCUUGAACAUGGGAUUGCUCCGGUGUUGCGCAUGGUACGGCCGUGGGACAAGUGGAUGUUGGUGGUAUUUCCCAAACCGGGGGUAGACAUCAAGACUUUCGGGUCCGAUGCCAAAGCCACGGGCCAGGUGGAAGAUCUGAUGAGAGCGACGAUAGGCAAAGACGAGAUUCCAUUCGAGGUGCUCGAUAUCUCGAGCUGGAGAGUCAAUGAGACAGUUGCCGAGUGUUACUCCAAGGGGAACGUAUUCUGUCUCGGUGAUGCGGUCCACCGACACCCACCUGUUUUCGGCCUGGGCAGCAACACGUGUAUUCAGGAUGCCUACAACCUGGGAUGGAAAGUGGCGAUGGUCAUCAAAGGGCAGGCCUCCCCAGCGUUACUGGAGACCUAUAAUGUAGAGCGCCAGCCCGUCGGGCAAGACUUGGUGAAGUGGUCGAAUGAGCUUCUUCGCAAUCAUGCAACGGUAUGGCGUGCUAUCGGGAUGUUCGAGGAAGACAAGGAGAAACGGAUCAAAGCGAACAAAGAGCUCUCCGAGGCCUCGGAAGCAGGAAAGAGACGUCGCCAAGAACUUUUCGACGCCAUGGAACGACAUCGAGGCGAGGGCGAUAGCCUGGGCAUGAUGAUGAACCAGUGGUACAAGUCGAGCGCUGUGUACCUGGACGACGAGGGCCCUCUGGGACCCUUCACGGGCAAUUUCCUCACGCAGGUCCGAGUCAGCACAUAUCCUGGCUUCCGUCUGCCCCAUGCGUGGUUGAGCAGGGGGAAAGGUGUUCCAAGCAAGGAAAUAUCCACCGUCGACUUGGCUGGCAAGAAUGCAUUUUGCCUGUUCACGGGUCACGGCGGCGAGCCAUGGACGGAGGCUGCCAAGUCCGUGGGAAGUAAGCUUGGGAUCCCAAUCAAUGCCUUCGCCAUCGGCUUCGGGCUCGACUACGCCGACAAGUAUCGAGACUGGACGAAGAAGCGAGAGGUCGACGAAGACGGGUGCGUAUUCGUGAGACCAGACCGGUAUGUGGCAUGGCGGGCCAGACGGAUGAGCUCGACGUCGUGCGAGGAGAAGCUGGAGCAUGUUCUGAGGUCGAUUCUGUGUCUUUGA